AUGAAACUUGUAAACUUUCUGAAAAAACUUAAAAAUGAACAGGUUACUGUAGAGCUGAAAAACGGCACAACUGUUUGGGGAACUUUGCAAACGGUAUCUCCCCAAAUGAAUGCUACCUUAACAGACGUGCAAUUGACUUUGCCGAAUAAGCGGGCAAAUUCAGAGGGAAAUGCGCUGGCAAGCGUGUACCUUGCGAAUGGGGAAUUGAGCACGGAUACUUCAACGAAUACUACUACUACUUCACUGCAGUACAUAAAUGUUCGGGGAAAUACCAUCAGGCAGAUCAUACUGCCAGAUUCACUGAACCUAGAUUCGCUUUUAGUGGACGAGAAACAGUUGAACAAGUUAAGAAAAUCGGGCAAGGUAAGUAAUGACCUGAGUAGGAAAAGAAGAGGAGAUUUCGGUAAUGGCUCGAAUAAGAGAAUUAGAAGAGGCGUGUAA